UCCUGAGAUUAGACCUGUCGCUAACUCACGUUCGACGUUCUUAAAAGAAAAAGGACACGCCAAUUAAAAAAACAGAAACAAAAAAGAAGAAGACGAAAACAGAAAAAGAGUUUAAUGCGGUUUAGUGAUUCUUUGGGAAACUGAACAAUUCCAAAAUAAAACGAAAAACCGUCUCAGUGAAAUGGGGGCGAAGGAGCUCUCGGGAACAGCGCCUGGUCCAAUACUUGAAAAAUAUUGCACCAGCAAUGGAGCAAUCUUAUUGGUUGAUUUUAGUUAUUGGCCCGCUGAACAAACGUAAACGUGUAAUGAAUUGGCUUCGGUCCAAGCACAUCAGUUUAGGAUGUUCAAUUACCUGCAAACAAAUAACACCACUCACGUAGGACGAUCGGAUGUACCUGCUUUCUCAAAAUCAAGCUACGUCAUAACGGCAUAUUCUUACCUACCCACCGGUUGGCAGUUCCUAUUAACAAAUUCUUUCUGCGGUUAACAGAAUAAUAUAAUAGUCUUGUCCUGUUACGCUACGUUCUCUUAAACGAGAAGAAAUCGAGAGCUUAAUUGUAAAACUGGCGAGUCUAACAAAAUAGCAGGUCCUCGAGCGUUGUUUAUAAAAGCCUCAUAAAUGCCACGUUGUAAAGUGGACGUGACUAACAAGUUAAAAACUUAGGAGUUUCUAUUGGCUAUUAUUGACACCCUUAAGUGAAAAACUAAUUACGCAAAAGAACAGCUGGCGACAUAAAACGUAUGCGAUAUUAAAAAUACAAUUUAUUCCGCGCUUCUCAAUAUAUAUCUGAAAACUCCAUAGGCUCAAUGUACGUAUUUAAGCUAAACAGGAACGUGUUAAAACUGUGUGAUCCGGGUGUGUGAUGCACUCUAGCUAAUCUUGCAUUGGCUCGUUAUUUCAUACCACAGCGUAUUCAAGCCUAAAGAAACGCUAACGUUUUCCACUGAAAAGGAUUUCAACAUUUGUGCUUUUCAACAUCCCGGAAAUCCUGAAAAAGUUGUCAACUGAGGACCGCCUCAUCAACGGCCGAUUUCACUAAAGAACUUCGGACCUUGUUUGAACAAUUAAAGUGGAUUCCAUAGUGAUUGAGUCUUUAAUAUAUAUGCUUUUUAAGUAUAUCGACAUCAGGAAAGCUGAAGAUGUGGUUUUUUAUUCUCGGUUGGUUCUUCACCGUGGUAGCCGUUUUGGGAAACUCACUUGUAAUGUACUUAAUAAUCACAAGGGCAAGAUUGCAUGUUACAACAAACUGGCUUGUCCUGUCGCUAGCAUUGGCUGAUUUGUGUGUUGGAUUGACUUACUUUCCACCUCUUUUCAUUUCAAGCUUCUCCCGAGAGUUAUCCAUCGAUCACACGGGGCUUUGGUUCAAACUCAGCCAUACCUUCUUAUAUUCUUCAUCUUCAAACUUAUGUGCCUUGACAGCAGACAGGUUCCUUGCAAUUACGAUGCCUUUAAAAUACACCGUAUUCAUGACAAGGAAACGAUUAAUAAUAUCCCUGGCUUCAGCUUGGAUCGUACCUUUAAUCCUCUUCACAUUACCUUCAAUUUUCACUUAUUCUAAUAACAAUGCCUCUUUUACGUUUAUCUUCGAGACAUUCAGAGUAUCAGUCUUCCAGCUUAUCCCAAGCGUGCUGUUUGUAUUUGUCACCGGUCGUCUUUGCUUUAUAGCAAGAGACAUCGCGCAAAAGGAAUCGCUGCUUUUGGCUCAGAUCAGGUUUAAUUUCAAGCCACAGGAAAAUGUACUGACAGUGAAGAAGCAGAGGGAGAAGAGAGCUUCAUUGAAAAUGAUUAUGUUAAUUAUUUUGCUUUUCGUGCUGUGUCACAUCGGAGGAAACUAUCGUUGUUUCUGUUUCGUUUUCAAACUUUGUGUCGCUUCGGAAAAUUUGAAAAACGUUAUUCACGUUCUUUUUAUCAUGAACUCGGCGGUAAAUCCUUUGGUUUACGCUGUUUUGAAGAAAGAUAUGAAAAACGAACUGAAGAAGAUGGCAUUAAAGAGACAUUGCCAUUGCUGACAAUUUUUCGCCAUUUAUGUUUAUUACAAUUACAGUCUUAGUCUUUUGAAUCAAACUUCAGAAGCAGCUGUCAGUUGGUAUGGAUCCGCGCCCUACCAUUUAAAGUGGCAAUGAACACACUAAAUAGAGGGAAAAAAAAACUGACUGACUGAAAAUAUUUUGUGAACUCAAAGUUCGUUUCAUAUUUUACAUAAAGUAAAAUUUUGGCUUCCCCUUAGGGUAUAUGAUAUUAGGUUGAAGUCGAAAGCUGUUCAAAUACCGAGUCAUGGUUUCACUAAGAGUCACAACAGAGAACUUAAGAAGAAUUAAAGGAAUAUGACGUCAGUCGGUUAUCGUCAGUAAAAUAUUUCAUGGAGUUUUUCUUUUAUUGUGUAAGUAACUGAUAUAAUUAUUUCGAUUGUAACUUCAAAAACAGUUCAGAACAGGCUCCUGUUCACAAUUAAAGUGCACCUGACCCGAAAAUUUUUUUUCCUCUAAAACGAAUCCACUUAUUAUUCGAAGCAUUUGGGCGA